UGGAAAGUAUGAUGUAUCAAAAUUUUCUUUUGUUACCUAAUUGAAUCCCAGCCAAGAGACGUGCAAUAUGACUCCUCGUCGGGUCCGGGUUCCCGCCUACAAUAGCGGAAGUGCCCGCUGCAUCGUCAUUAAUAACCACCUCAAGCCAGUGCUAGACUGGACAUCAAACCUCGAAAAGUAUCCGUAUAAUCGCGAUGCAUUCCUUCUUAGUCAUCCCUAGCCCCGUAUUUAUUGAAUAUAAAGAGCCCUUGGACCCGAGCUGAAUAGUUUGACCACUUCCAUUCAAGCCUUGGACAUUAGUGCGGUUUUCUUUCACUUGCUCUAGAAUUCCUCUGGCCGAAGAAGAUGGACCAAGGACCUGAGAUUCGCAACUCGAAUACGAGUCUUAAUAGCAAUGAAGGUAAUCUCACUCGCAGGAAGAACAAGGAGGAGGAGGGAUGGAGGAGAAUCGUGCGAAAUUUCACGCCUUCAUGGUUCUCUGUGACCAUGGGUACGGGCAUUGUCUCUAUCCUCCUUCAUAACCUGCCAUACAACGGCGAGUGGCUUUGUUGGAUCUCGAUAGUAAUCUUCGCCUUGAACGUCAUCUUGUUCAUGCUUUGCUUUCUCAUCUCGCUAUUGAGAUAUACUCUCUAUCCACAGAUCUUCGUCGCAAUGAUACGCCAUCCUGGACAGAGUCUGUUCGUUGGAACCUUUCCGAUGGGUCUAGCGACUAUAAUAAAUAUGAUCGUGUUCGUUUGUGUUCCUGCCUGGGGAGGACCUUGGCCAUACAUAGCAUGGGGACUAUGGUGGUUUGAUGUGGUUGUGUCUGUUAUAUGUUGCUUCUCCAUUCCAUUUGCUACAAUGUACAUCCAUACAGCAACUCUACAAACCAUGCUUGCAACCUGGCUCCUGCCAAUCGUUCCACCAAUCGUAGCAGCCGCAUCUGGAGGCAUCGUCGCAUCCGUGCUCCCUAACCCACAACACGCACUCUGGACAAUCAUCACAUCUUACAUCCUUUGGGGCAUGGGCGUGCCACUCGCCAUGGUGAUCUUAGUAAUUUACUUCCAACGACUCACCAUGCACCACCUCCCCACUCAGGAAGUCAUUGUUUCCGUCUUCCUCCCUCUCGGUCCUCUAGGCCAAGGCGGUUUCGCAAUCAUGGAACUCGGUAAAAUGGCCAUGCAAAUAUUUCCCAAGACCAACACCCUUCCGUUAAGCCCUACCGUCUCUCCUCUCAUGUACUCUGGUGAUAUUCUAUAUGUGGUGGGCUGGUUGGUCGCUACGAUGAUGUGGGGUUUCGGAUUCGUAUGGCUCUUCUUUGCUUUCGCGAGUAUAACACGACGUCCAUUUCCAUUUAACAUGGGAUGGUGGGGAUUCACGUUUCCGCUGGGAGUCUAUACAACUAGCACAUUACAGAUGGCAGAAGAACUUCCUUCUGGUUUCUUCAGGGUUUUGGGAACAAUCUUGGCUAUUAUCGUCACGAUUCUCUGGCUCGUUGUCGCCACAAUCACUUUCUGGCAAGCAAUGACUGGAGAGAUCUUCUUCGCACCAUGUCUCAAGGGUCUAGCGGAGAAGGAAAAGCAAAGAGUCCAGGAUGACCCCGCUCUAACUGCCGCUUAGAGCAAGAAACUCAAGUGAAAUAGGAAUUGAAAUGUGACAAAGCUGCAGAUUGGUGGAAUGAAAUGCUGUACAACAAAAACGGAGACAUGAAAUGGGAAUUCUACAAUUAGUGUUACCGUGCAGUAGGUAUGUAUACAAGGUGGGGUAAAUAUUAAGCGAGCCCCUGAAAGUCCAACCUCCACUCAGACCAAAAUCACGAAAUGAGAUAUUCACAUCAGAAUAGACAAUUCAUUUAAGUUUCUCAAAUUUCACACGAAUUGAGACGAUUUGACAUGGUAUGUAUUUGUACUGACAGGAGAAAGCAGUGCAAACCAGACCAUCGCAAACCAAACCAACGCAAAUCUAUCGACUUUGUACCGUGACAACAUCCAAUAUCCAAUAUCCAAGAGCCCCAAAAUACCGUCCUAAUUCUUCGGACCACCGUAUGCCAAUGCUGUAAC